ACGCUGUACCGGGACGUGAUGCUGGAGACUUUCGGGCACCUGCUGUCUGUGGGGAAGCACACCGCCAAGCCCGAGGUCAUCUCCCUGUUGGAGCAAGGGGAAGAGCCGUGGCUGGUGGAGCACGCGCCUCCUCAGCGCAUCUGUCCAGGGUCGUCCCUUGUGUUGACCUUUUUGCUGCUGUUGAGUCAGAGGAGAUGUGCCUCCCUGCUUAACGAGGUGAGUCCUGCAGGCCGCACUGUCCACGCCAUCCGCUCUCCUGACGCCUCGUGUUCUCCGCUGCACCCUUCUCUCAGACCCGUGUUUGAACUCGUCCUUACGUCCUGCUUUACCACAUUUGUAGCCUGUAGCCACAGGCUCUUUAAAAAAAGAAGGAAAUAGAUUUUUUUUAUGUAGGUAAUGUAUUCACAUGGUUGAAAACCCGAAA